AUGUCGGCGCAAUACUAUCCUCCUCCGCCAGGUGCGGCCCCCUCAGGUGCAGGCCAGCAAAAGAACUACCCGCCCCCGCCAAUGUCGGCCCCGGCCCACAAAACCCAGUUCUUCGCCCCGCCGCCCGCCGCGUCAACGACGAUUCAAUACCAGUAUCCCCUCCCCCAGGCCACCUCGCCCCCGCGCGAGCACCGUCACGACAGGUUUGCCCCUUCGAAAACGGGGUCUAUCCCCGAAUCCUCCCCGUCUCCGAAUCUGCUGCAGUUCGCAGCGCCGCCGACCGAGGAGAAGGCCCUGCCUCAAGUUGAGGAGCUUGAAAAGGAGCAAGAGUCCCUUCCCGCUCACUUUGUCGGUGCCGUCAGCGUUGUUGACGACGUCGGAACUUUCAAUGGGGGUAGUUACAGGCUCAGCCACAGGGAUUCAAACACCAUCUUGACCGUCCAGUUGGCAAUGCAAUGCCCUUUUAACGCGAAACCAGGAACCAUGAUUGCCAUGACCCCCACAGUCACCCUCCGCGGCAACCUCAAAUUUAGCAUGAAGAAGCUCAUGGCGGGCGGUGACUUUGGCCACUCUACCUUCACCGGCCCCGGCGAAACCUGGUCCGUCGGUAUGGACGCGUAUCUUGCCUCCACCCAGGCCGUCAUCCGCGACCACAAGCGCCAGGGCCUCACCAAGGCCAUGUUCUCUGGAGAGGGCCUCUGGGUCUAUAAGAUUAGCGGUACCGGUCUGCUAUGGAUUACUAGCUUUGGUGCAAUCAUUCAAAAAACGCUCGUCGAAGGAGAAAAGUACAUUGUAGAUAACGGCCAUCUCGUCGCGUGGAACACCAAAUACAUCCUUGAACGCGUCGCUUCCGGCGGCAUCAUGUCCGGUUACGCUUCCGCCGAAGGCCUCGUCUGCAAGUUUACCGGUCCCGGAACCGUCUAUAUACAGACCCGCAAUGCCCGAGCUUUCGGCGCCUGGAUGACGGGCCAAAACUACAAGGAGGCGUAA